AGAGGGAGGAGAGAACCGGGGCUCGCCGCGAGCCUUCGAGAGCAGCAGCCGCGGAGGCGGCGGCGGCGGGCGGGAGCGGCGGAGGCACAAGCUCGGGGCCAGCCGGGCGCGCAUUCCCGGACGCCCUGCGCCGCGGAGAGCUUGGCGGGCCGCGGGAGCCGCGGGACAGGAGUGGACAAAGCAAGAUGGCAGGGAUCUUAGCCUGGUUCUGGAACGAGAGGUUUUGGCUCCCGCAUAAUGUCACCUGGGCGGACCUGAAGAACACGGAGGAAGCCACCUUCCCGCAGGCUGAGGACCUCUAUCUCGCCUUCCCCCUGGCCUUCUGCAUCUUCAUGGUGCGGCUCAUCUUCGAGAGAUUUGUAGCCAAACCCUGUGCGAUAGCCCUCAACAUUCAGGCCAAUGGACCACAAAUUGCUCAGCCCAAUGCCAUUCUGGAAAAGGUCUUCACUGCAAUUACAAAGCAUCCUGAUGAAAAGAGAUUGGAAGGCCUCUCCAAGCAACUGGACUGGGAUGUUCGAAGCAUUCAGCACUGGUUUCGACAAAGACGCAAUCAGGAGAAGCCCAGCACCCUGACGAGGUUCUGUGAGAGCAUGUGGAAAUUUUCAUUUUACCUUUAUGUGUUUACCUAUGGAGUCAGAUUCCUGAAAAAGACUCCCUGGUUGUGGAAUACAAAGCACUGCUGGUACAACUACCCCUAUCAGCCACUCACAACUGACCUUCACUACUAUUACAUCCUGGAGCUGUCGUUUUAUUGGUCUUUAAUGUUUUCCCAGUUCACUGAUAUCAAAAGAAAGGACUUUGGCAUUAUGUUCCUGCACCACCUUAUAUCUAUUUCCUUGAUUACCUUUUCAUAUGUCAACAACAUGGCCCGAGUGGGGACCCUGGUCCUUUGUCUUCACGAUUCAGCUGAUGCCCUUCUAGAGGCUGCCAAAAUGGCAAAUUACGCCAAGUUUCAGAAAAUGUGUGAUCUCCUGUUUGUUAUGUUUGCCAUGGUUUUUAUCACCACAAGACUGGGUAUUUUUCCUCUCUGGGUGUUAAAUACCACAUUAUUUGAAAGCUGGGAGAUCAUUGGCCCUUUCCCUUCCUGGUGGGUUUUUAACCUACUGCUGCUGCUAAUACAAGGGUUGAACUGCUUCUGGUCGUACUUGAUUAUAAAAAUGGCUUGCAAAGCUGUUUCAAGAGGCAAGGUGUCCAAGGAUGACCGAAGUGAUAUUGAGUCUAGCUCAGAUGAGGAGGACUCGGAGCCUCCAGGGAAGAACCCCCACACUGCGACAACCACCAACGGGACCAGUGGUACCAACGGGUAUCUCCUGACCGGCCCUUGCUCCAUGGAUGAUUAAUUACCCAAAACUACAAGUCCCGAACAAAGUGAACUGUUUGUUCCUGGAAGUAUUUAAUAAGUUGCAAAUGCAGUUGCUUUCAUAAUAUCUCAGCACCCGAAACAAAAUCGAAGCAUUUUGAAUAGUGCACUGCCAUGUGUCCUGUCUGUGAAUGAAGAAGUACCAUUCUCUCCAUGUAGGCAUGCUGUAUGUAAUUGACACAAGGGAACAGUAUUUGCAUUUGUACUGUCUUAGGAUAUUAUUUAUUUUUUGUAUUUGUUUGUAAAUCUGUGGACAAAAGAGGGUUUCUUCACUCCUUUUCCUCUCUGGGUUCAUGACAGCGAAGGAGAUGCUCCAUCUGCCUCUAGCCCUUUCUCUUGCUGUAGUCCAAUGUGCUGUGAGCAUCAGCUUGAUUUGUCACUUAGAAGUAAGCAAAUCCCAGUGCAAGAUUCUCAUACAGCUCCAAAUAGGUUUGCUUUCUUUGUGUUACUGUGCCCAUUUUGAAAUUGCCUGUGCAGUCUCAGUGACCAUUUAAACAGGAUGAACUAGGGUUUUAAUUGUCACUCUUCAAGGUCAACUGGCAGUUCAAAUUAAAGAGGAUGGUUAUUGGAG